AUGGAAGAAAAAUGUCCUCCGAUGUUGCAUCGAUCUAUCAAUCUGGCAGUAUUCCUCUCAGGAAGUGCUUUUAUCUUUAUGGUUGUUUCAAUGCCUCUGUUGUUCAACCUCAUGAACAAUAUUGAAGAAGAAUUGAUAGAAACUCGUCUGAACUACGAAGAAAUGUCCAAUCUGAUGUGGAAAGACCUGCUCACCGAAGGACAGAGUGCUCGUAGAACUCCAAGACAAGCAACUUAUAGCACUGGCGCUGGGCUAGGCGGUGGAGGCGGUGGUUCUGGUGGAGGCCACGGUGACGGAGCUGGAGCUGGUGGAGAUGGCGGCGGUUUUGGUGGAGGCCAACACAGUGGGGGAGCUGGUGACGGUGGAGGCAGCGGUGGAGCUGGUGGAGGCAGUGGUUCUGGUGUAGGCCAUGGUGACGGAACUGGAUCCGGUGGAGACGGCGGUUUUGGUGGAGGCCAACAUGGUGGCGGAGCUGGUGGCGGAGCUGGUGGUGGUGUCGGCGGUGAUUCUGGACAAUCUAGCGGUAGCGGUGGAGCAGGUGGAGGCAGCGGCUCUGGUGGAACCGGAGGUGGUGGACGCCACUUCGCAGGCGCAGGCGCUCAAGAUGGAGGCUCAUGCCCACCUGGACCAAAGGGUGCACCAGGAGAAAGGGGAGUACGAGGAAUGGAUGGUUUGGAUGGCAAACCUGGAAAGCCCGGAUUUCCCGGUGGUGUUGUUGAUGGAAUUGCAGCCGACGGCAGCUGCUUGCCUUGUCCAGCUGGACCACCAGGGCUUCCAGGAUACAAGGGAAUGCGAGGCCCACGAGGGCCAAAAGGAGACAAGGGAGCUCCUGGCUCGGCUGGAAACGACGGAUCACCUGGAGAAGCCGGUCCCGAAGGAGAUCGUGGCCAUCCUGGGGCUGCUGGAGCUCCAGGAGAAAGAGGUCCACCUGGACAAGACGCAUUGGCAUCCUCCAAAGGAGCACCAGGACCACGUGGAGAGAUGGGGCCACCUGGACCACGUGGAGACGAAGGACUUCCUGGAGAGAGAGGAGAUGACGCAAGACCUGGUUCACAAGGAGCGCCAGGACCUAUGGGAGCUCCUGGAGAACACGGUCCAGAUGGCUUCCCUGGCCUCAGUGGAGGAUUUGGUAAAGACGGUGCUGACGCUGAGUAUUGUCCAUGCCCUGAAAGGUCCAAGAAAGAAGAGGGAGCCGCCGCACAAUAUGUCACCGGUGCUAAUGCCGUCGGCGCCGGAGGAGGCAGCUCUUCAUCGGGCUCUAGCCACACAGCUGCCUCAACUCAUAGCCCGGCAGGUGGUGGAGCUGUUGGCGGUGGUGCACAGACAUCCGGUAGCACCACUGAUGGGCACGUAGAUGGCAACGGACCUGCUGGAGGUGGUGCACAGACAUCCGGUAGCACCAGUGGUGGACACGCAGGUGGCAACGGACUUGUUGGAGGUGGUGCACCCGCUGGUGGAAGUGGAGUCUCUAGUGCAGGAUCGCAUAGUGCAGGUUCCGGAACUACGGCUCAUGUACCUCUCCAUAAGAUAACUCCCAGUCCCCUUGAAGAGCCUCAAGGAGGCGGAGGCAAUGGAGGACAAUACGUUGAAAAGCCUCGCGUCAACAAGGAAGCCCUAGCUCGUUCCCUUCGUAGGAAGCUCGUUCUUCUGUAG